GGGAGAAAGAUGGCGCCCACACACGUACUGAGAUGCUGUCAACGGGGCUUAGCAUGGAUACCUGUGAUUUUUAUCGCCCUGGUCGUCUGCUGGUCGUAUUACGCUUAUGUGGUGGAGCUUUGUAUAUUCACCAUCCCAAGUAUAGGAGAGCAGAUUGUCUACCUGAUCUUCUUCCACCUCUCUUUCAUCAUGUUUGUAUGGUCUUACUGGAAGACCAUCUUCACCAAGCCUGCCAACCCCUCCAAAGAGUUCUGCCUCCCCAAGGCUGAGAAGGAGCGUUAUGAGAAGGAAGAGAGGCCAGAGUCCCAGCAAGAGAUCCUAUGGAGAGCAGCCACCAGUCUGCCUCUGUACACCCGCACAGGAGCCGGAGCAAUCCGUUACUGUGACCGCUGUCAAGUUAUUAAGCCAGACCGGUGUCAUCACUGCUCCGCGUGCGACAUGUGUGUGCUGAAGAUGGACCACCAUUGUCCCUGGGUGAACAACUGUGUGGGAUUCUCCAACUACAAGUUUUUCAUCCUCUUCCUGGCCUACUCUCUGGUGUACUGUUUGUUCAUUGCGGCCACCGUGCUGCAGUAUUUCAUAAAGUUCUGGACAAAUGAGCUGCCAGACACUCACGCCAAAUUCCACGUCCUGUUCCUUUUUUUUGUGGCAGCCAUGUUCUGCAUCAGUAUUCUGUCCCUCUUCAGCUACCACCUGUGGCUCGUAGGGAAGAACAGGUCCACUAUAGAGGCGUUCAGAGCACCAGUUUUUAGGACAGGCUCUGAUAAGAACGGCUUCUCUCUGGGUUUCCGUAAGAAUAUCGCUCAGGUCUUUGGAGACCAGAAGAAGUACUGGCUGCUGCCCGUCUUCACCAGUCAGGGAGAUGGCCUGACGUUCCCUACACGGCUGGUCAACGCUGAUGUAGAGCAGGCCACAGUGACCCUGCAGCCAGAGCCCAAUAAAAGUGCUGCUGAGGCCCCCGUGAGCCCUCUCAGUGAGUCACAGAAUCGCCUCCUGAGCAACGACCAGCAUGCCAACAACAUCGGAGACCAUUUGGCUAAUAACACCCUCAAAUCAGCUGAAAGUGACACCAUUACAAUCUCUGUGGAGAGCGAGUCCUAACCAGGAGAAACUCCCAGUCAUCUAAUAUGAUGCCUUAAGCAACAGCAACAGUUUAGUUUGUCUCCGUGGCAACCGUCUCCCAGCGCAACCCCAUCCCCACAGACCCAUUCAGAGUAACUAUGGAAAAGCAUUUGUUUCUUUGCCCAUCGCAGCACAGUAAUGCAUCUAUGGCGUUGGCAUUUUUGCAUGCAGUGCAAAUCUCACCUACUCCCACAGGACAGAUUGGUUCGCUCUCACACCAACGCACACAUGCUAAUAGUCACACAUUCAAAUCUAUACAUAUUUCCUUGUGUUAUUUCGUUUUCAUGUUUUCGCACAACUUGAGCGUUUAUUUGAUGAUGAGAAAAUUGAAGAAUCCUGGAGGGAAUAUGUGCUACGUUUGGCGUUUUAGUGAGAGAACUUUUUUUGUGCCAAAAGCUUCCUGGUCGCAUCAGGAAACGUUUUAUAGGCACAAAGCUGCAGUGAAGAGUGGGGGACAAGCUGGAGCAGCGCGUUCUUGUUUUGAACAUCUCUCUCAUGGUUUUAGAAAGGCAGUACAUCCCGUGGAGGUGGAUCAGUUUACUUGUGUGACUUCUUUUUUAUUUUUUAUCUUUUUAUUUUUAACUCAUUAUGUUGGGGCGCAUCUGUGGUCCGCACCUUUUGAGAUGGAUGUUUGCCACCAAAACCCGGACUAUCUUACAGAGGACUCUACUGCAUGGUUCAGUGGACUGAACCAGCGCAACACAGGGAAGACUGUAGCUGGGUUUUGGAUGGUGUUUUGGAUAUCAGAGCACAAGAUGGCACAUUUGCACUUUGUAGAUUAUCAAUGUCCAUCAAACAACGUGCUGCUUUCUUAUCAUGUCCAAAAAGCAUCCUGGGUAUAACGGAUGUUGGAUGAUCAUGUGAUUUAUGGCGUAUUGUUUGUGUGUGCGAAUGUGUUAAACAGUUAAAGUGGCAGUCUUCAUCCAUUUUUUUUUAAAGAACUAACAGAAACUAAAAGAAUCAGCUUUAUGUGCUUUUGUGGCCAACUUGUGUUCAAACAUGCUGCUUAUAAAUGGACAGUUUGACCUGGGAGAUGUAUUUCACACAGUGCAAUGUGCAGCGUCUGUCACUACCUGUUCUCUUAAGGUCAUUUAAUUAUGUCAUAUGCCGAUCAGUGAUUCUCAGCCCACAAUGUCAACGUUCUGUUUUUCUACAGUUUCAACCUUUACUAAGACACCAACACUCAUUGCCAAAUAAGGGCUGACCUGUCAGGAGCUCUGACCUCUGAACCUGAAGUGUUUACAACAUCCUAGCUUUAUCUUCACUGGCCAAUUUCAUCCUAACCAAAUUCUUUUUACCAGUCGUUGUGGCGCAAUAUUUUCUACAAGGUUCAUCUGUUCCUGCUGCCUGUAGUGGGCCAUGAUGUCCUUGCAAUACCAGUGCUGGCCAGCAGGUGACAGCAAUGCUCUUGUUAUCUGCCCUCAUUUAGAUGGAGAUUUUUCUGAACUUUGGCUGCGUUUCAUUAGUCGUUCACUUGCCCUCUGCACUUGCCCUCGUAGGGAAUCCCACCGCCCAUCGUAAGUGUCGCUUCCAAUUUGUGGAAAC